AUGAUAGUCCGGGGGCGGGGCCCCUGGGCCCUGCUUUGCGUCGCCCUGCUGGCGAGCCGCGUCUGGGUGGUGCUGGCUCAGAACGCCACUGCAGCGCCGAACACCACCGCUCCUGCAGCGACUUCGGCCGCCACGACAGCGCCAGCGGCGACGUCGGCGCCGGCCGCGCCCGUGAGCACCGCGGUCACGAUCAGCGACCGCUGCAUUUGCGACCUCACGGACAGGGCGUGCGACGUGAACUGCUUCUGCGACACGGACUGCGCUCUCACGGACGAACAGAAGGCGACGCUCUUUCCGGACCCACUCGCGGAGGGCACCGCGUUCCCCUCCAUCGAGUACUGCGUCGACGACGCCUCCGUGCACUCCGUCAACCUGCCAUCCUCCUCCUCCAUUAUCACAAUCAGCAAAACGCUCGCAAGCGACGGGUUCCUGGACCGGCUGCUCUGCGUGGUCGACACCAACAACCCCGCGCUCGGGCGGUUCUUCCUCGACCCGGGCGCGGCGUCCGAGUCCGACCUGUCGACGUCGCGCUCCGCGGUGGGGGAGUCGACCUGGAAUCCAGUAACGGCGUCAGGCGGGCUCGCGACCUCCUACGUCGCCGGGUCCGCGGUCCCCGCAGCCUACAGCGACGGCACGACCGGCACGCUGCGCUUCUCCGCCGGCAACGUCUUCGCGGUGCCGGAACCGGGCCUGUCGGGCGAGUGCCUCGCGCUGCGUCCCGUCGGCUUCGGGGUCAAUUUCCCGCGGCUGGACGGCGUGCAGGACCGCGACCUGACGUGCGUCAACCGCGUCACGGCCGCCACGUGCACGGACGCCUCGUCGCUCUUCCGCGCCGCGCGGUACGACCUCCUCAUGCUUGGGUCGACGGCGGCGGCGUCCACGUUCGUGCGAGCGACGUUCGCGAACCUCGGUUCCGUCGACCUGGCGACGGGCGCGUUCACGGCGGCGACGGGCGCGGCGGCGACGACGGCGCCGGCGCCGGCGGUGGCCGGGUCGACGUGCACGGGGGUUGUGGUGGCGGCAAACGUGACGGUCACGUACGACCUGCCCGGGCAGGCGAUUUCCGCGGUGACGGCCGAGGUCGUGACGGCGGACGUCGCGCUCGACACGGUGGCGCCGUUCGAGGUCCAGGUGACGUGGCGGCAGGCGUCGGAGAUCACCGCCGGCGCGCGGCGCACCUCGGGCACCCGCAACGUCGGCUACGUCGAGGGCCUCCCCCUGCGCGCCUCUACGCUCACUCCCAGCGACGCCACGCUCAGCGCCCUGACCGAGCUCGAGCUCCCGCAGGCCGGCGCGGACGGGCAGUGUACCGCAGGCGGCUUCCGGGCCACCGCGAGCUUCGCGUCCGACCUAGCGUCGUCGUGUGCGCAGCAGUACACGCUUGCGGAGCUGCGCACCUUCUGCCAGUCCGGCGCGCUGCCGCUGACGCUCCAGCUCCUCAACGGCAUCUUCGCGCCAGCGUCGGGGUCGGCGAACCUGACGUUCUCCGGGCGGGACAUCUUCAUCGGCAUUUACGGAGACUCGGACCCAAGCGUGGCGGCGGACUGGGUGCAGGUGUCUGUGGAGUCCGUGUCGGACCUGACGCCGAUGACGUGGUCGGAGAGCGACCUCACGUGCUCGAACGUCGUCACCGGCCUCGACGUCGAGGUCCUCACCGCGCAGAUCGGCCAGAUCGACAACCCCCAGCGCGUGGCGCAGCUGGCGCGUGCGCGGUUCAUCACGGGGGCGUGGCGGUGGCCGGACGGCCUCGCGGACGCGGCCGCGAGCAAGCCGUUCGUCCUGACGAACUCGGUGACCUUCUUCGCGCGCGAGCAGGGCGACCCCGUGGAGCGCGCCAAGAAACGCCCCUCCUUCCUACCGAGACUCCCCUCGGACGCGUUCUACCCGUUCCUCGAGGAGUCGGCGGGUGGCGCCGCGGCGCUCUCCGCGGGCGCAGCCGCAGCGAGCGCGCUCGCCGCGGCGGCGCUGCUGCUGCUGUAG